AUUCACGGGCAAAGGUGAGGGGAUCGAACCCGGACUUUGAUAUGUCUAGUCAGGCGACUUAGACCACUCGGCCACGGCACAACGCCCCUCCCCCUACCUAAGACCCUCUCUCUUGAUCUGACACCCAUACUCUAUCUUUCCAUGGACCUAUUACAUGAUCUCUCUAACGCACACAAACUAUCUGUCUCUCCCUCCCCGCCACUCUCGAUCUUUCUCUCUUUAUUGUUGUUGUUGUUGUUAAUUAGGGACGCGGGGGUGGCGUUCAUUCAGUUUUUUGUUUGUUUGUUUUCGCCGCCCUUUUGUAACCUUACACCAUUGCAAACCAUUGAGGAGUGAUCAUUCAAGCAAGUGAGUGCAUCGAGAAGAGUUGAACUUUAAUUACCAACCAGCCGAGUCAGGACAUAAAACGUCUUUGAAUGACACGAGAAAAGAACUCUUUCAAAAGUCGUCUCGGGAAUUUCAACAGAGGGGUCAGUUUUUAGAGAAUUUCCAAGGUGUUCGGUGGAUAACAUCAGGCGCUGUAAGAGCUACGAUAUGGAGGCUUUCACUAUAUUUUCGUUGCUGCUUUUCGCCAUCUCUCUUUCCAGUUCACAAGAGAUUCGUCUCGCAGGACACGGAAGCAACAUCAGGCAAGGUCGUGUUGAGAUCUUCUUCGAGGGCAGAUGGGGAACAAUCUGCGAUGACGACUGGGACUUGGCCGAUGCUGAUGUGGUCUGUAGACAGUUCGGUUACGCAGAGGGCGCUGUCGCAGCCUGCACCAUGAUGUCAUGCGGUUUCCCUAGACCUAAUGACUUCGGGGAAGGAUCUGGACCAAUAUGGCUCGACAAUGUGAGGUGUGUGGGCACCGAGGAAAGGAUCACCGACUGUCCAGCUAAUCCAAUCGGGGAUCAGAACUGCAUGCAUUUUGAGGACGCUGGAGUGAUCUGCAAAGGUAAGGGAGACGAUUCCACUGAUUCCACAGCCGAUGAUACUCAAGAAACAGAUACCACUGAUACCACAACCGAUGAUACUCAAGAAACAGAUUCUACAGACAAUGAUACAGUUGACAGUGGUUGGCGCCCACUUCGUGGUGGUGGUCUACCAAAAAAGCGUCAAGAAGACUUAGCUUCUGAUGUGAAGAGAGAAGAGGCACUUGUUGCUGCUAUGGAGCAGGCCGAGGUUAUGAGAGCAUUAUCCGAUUUGAUGAGAGACCUAAGGAGAAAAUAGAGGGCGAAAUACAUUUUAUAUUCUAGUUAUUUCUUAAUUCCUUUUUAAUUUUAUCCGUAUUGUUUAUGCGUGCAUGUGCAUGAUUUUCAUAUUCUGAAUAAUCAAACUGUCAUGGUUGCAAGAAAUGAACGAAUAAAUAAUGAGAAAUUAAAUAAAUGAAUAAAAAAUGGAUAAGAAGUGAUAAAUAUAGAUGAACUAGAUAAACAAAUGAAUAAGUAGAAUUAAAGAAAAUAAUAAUAAAUAGAUAGAUGAAGUUAGAUAUAGUUGAAUUUCGUGCUCUUUGAUCUGACACCAAACAACAAAUCACAAAUCAUUAGAUAAUAGUAUAUACAGUUGUUAAAAAAAGUAAUGGAGAUGUCAGAUCAAUGACUGUAAUUCACUUUUGAAAAGUGACUUAUCUCCAUGUCGUUAUCAUGGAAUGCACUGUGAGUGAACAAUAGACUAUAAUAUGCAUGCACCUUCCGGUUACACUUCGUAAUUCCGAAGGUUCUUUAUUCCGAAGGUUCGUAAUUCCGAAACACGUAAAUUGCCGAUACAUUGAUGUUCUUUAAUCCGAAAACGUAAAAGGGUUCGUUAAUCCGAACAUUUGUGGAGUUAUUCGGAAGGUUCGAUAAUCCGAAAACGAAAUAAGGUUCGAUGUUCCGAAGGUUCGUUAAUCCGAAAACGAAAUAAGGUUCGUUGUUCCGAAGGUUCGUUAGUCCGAAAACGAAAUAAGGUUCGUUAAUCAUUUCGUUUUCGGACGAACGAACCUUCGGAAUUACGAACCUUCGGAAUAACCGAACCUUCGGAAUAACGAAGCUUCGGAAUUAAGAAUGUAUGCACCAAGGGGUUAUUCGCCUACGGUUCGUGAUUGGAUCCAUGCAGGGUGUGAAUAGGGUGUUGCUAUGUCAGGGAAUCCUCGGAUAGUUUCAUGUCAAGUGGUUUCAGAUUUUACUUCAAAUGAUAAAGAGGGUAAACUGCCGAUUCGUCUAUUUCCAACUCGUCCACUCAUCAAAUGGUCUCAGUAACUUCCCUUAUAGUCUAACAGCCAUUUGGUCAAAAUCAUUGCUUCGUCUAAUCACCUGUUGGUCUAUAACUAUGACCAUUUCGUCUUAUAACCAUUUUGUCUACUAUUCAUUUGUUUUUCUUUCUUGUCCAAUUAACACUCAAUUAGACUAAAUGGCUAUUAGACCAUUUAUUAGAUGAAAUGGUGAGUGCCUGGACGAAAUUAUGAUUAGAUUAUUAGACCGUGUGGAUAGUGGACGAACUGAUGGUAGACCAAAAUUAAUUAUAGUAAACGAGUUGGUAACUGAACGAAUUGGUAUUAGACCAAUUAAUAAUACACCAUAAAGAGGAUAUCCACCCUAACUCAAUACAUUAUAAUAAUGAUGACUUUUACAUUAUCCAUUAAGAUAACUAAAUUCACAAAAAAGAAACAAAAUUAAUAAACCAUUAACAAAAGAUAGGCUUCGUGUCUUAUAUUCUUAGUAUAGAAUAAAAAAGAAAAGCUGAUAGUUUUACAUCAUCGGCUAUCAUAUUUUCAUAUCACGGGCGAUCUGCCUAGUCGUUUUUGUGCAAAUAAAUAUAACUUUAAAAUGCUA